UGAGCCACCGCGCCCGGCCAAGAUGUGGACUUUUUCAAGUCGUAAGUUUAUCAAGAGAGAAGAGAGUCAAGGACAGAUGCCUGGGGGAGGCCUACAUUGAUUCAGCAGGAGAGUUCCCUAUCUUAGCAGCAAAGGAAGGAGACAGUUUCUAGGAGGAUUCCUUGGGGGAGAGGAAGAAGCUGCUUAGUUAUAUCCAGCGACUGGGUCAAAUCCACGUUGAUACAAUGAAGGUUAUUAAUGAUCCUAUCCAUGGCCACAUUGAGCUCCACCCUCUCCUCGUCCGAAUCAUUGACACACCUCAAUUUCAACGUCUUCGAUACAUCAAACAGCUGGGAGGUGGUUACUAUGUUUUUCCAGGAGCUUCACACAAUCGAUUUGAGCAUAGUCUAGGGGUGGGGUAUCUAGCAGGAUGUCUAGUUCGCGCCCUGGGUGAAAAACAACCAGAGCUGCAGAUAAGUGAACGAGAUAUUCUCUGUGUUCAGAUUGCUGGACUUUGUCAUGAUCUCGGUCAUGGGCCAUUUUCUCAUAUGUUUGAUGGACGAUUUAUUCCACUUGCUCGCCCGGAGGUGAAAUGGACACAUGAACAAGGCUCAGUUAUGAUGUUUGAGCACCUUAUUAAUUCUAAUGGAAUCAAGCCUGUCAUGGAACACUAUGGUCUCAUCCCUGAAGAAGAUAUUUGCUUUAUCAAGGAACAAAUUGUAGGACCACUUGAAUCACCUGUCAAAGGUGUUUUGUGGCCAUAUAAAGGGCGUCCUGAAAGGAAAAGCUUCCUUUAUGAGAUAGUGUCUAAUAAAAGAAAUGGCAUUGAUGUGGACAAAUGGGAUUAUUUUGCCAGGGACUGCCAUCAUCUUGAACUGUUAAUUUUGAUUACAAGCGCUUUCAUUAAGCUUGCCCGUGUCUGUGAAGUAGGCAAUGAGUUGCAUAUUUGUGCUAGAGAUAAGGAAGUUGGAAAUCUGUAUGACAUGUUCCACACUCGCAACUCUUUACACCGUAGAGCUUAUCAACACAAAGUUGGCAACAUUAUUGAUACAAUGAUUACAGAUGCUUUCCUCAAAGCAGACGACUAUAUAGAGAUUACAGGUGCUGGAGGAAAAAAGUAUCGCAUUUCUACAGCAAUUGAUGACAUGGAAGCCUAUACUAAGCUGACAGAUAACAUUUUUCUGGAGAUUUUAUACUCUACUGAUCCCAAAUUGAAAGACGCACGAGAGAUUUUAAAACAAAUUGAAUACCGUAAUCUAUUCAAGUAUGUGGGUGAGACCCAGCCAACGGAACAAGUAAAGAUUAAAAAGGAGGACUAUGAAUCUCUUCCAAAAGAGGUUGCCGCUGCUAAACCCAGAGAAUUGCUGGAAGUAAAACUGGAGGCUGAAGAUUUUAUAGUGGAUGUUAUCAACAUGGAUUAUGGAAUGCAAGAAAAUAAUCCAAUUGAUCAUGUUAGCUUCUAUUGUAAGACUGACCCCAACAGAGCAAUCAGGAUUACGAAAAACCAGGUUUCACGACUUCUGCCAGAGACAUUUGCAGAGCAGCUGAUUCGAGUAUAUUGUAAGAAGAUGGACAGAAAGAGUUUGUAUGCCGCAAAACAACAUUUUGUUCAGUGGUGUGCAGACAGAAAUUUCACCAAGCCUCAGGAUGGCGAUGUUAUAGCCCCACUCAUAACACCUCAGAAAAAGGAAUGGAACUACAGGACUUCAGUCCAAAGUCCAACUCGCCUCCGAGAAGCAUCCAAAAGCAGACUCCAGCUUUUUAAAGAUGACCCAAGGUGAAUGUCUGUAGUCGGCUAUUUACAAACUCCCUCCCCCGCACAAUUCAUUUAGGGGCUUCACUCAUAGAAUUCUGCAAAAUUAUGAUAACUCAUGCUUUAAUUUUGUAGUUUGAAUGUACACACAUGCUGAAGCUAAGUAAUUUUUAAUCAAAGAAAUAAGAUGGUAUUAGGCAAAUCUUACUAUACUAUGAAAAGUAUUACCUUGCCUAUUUUUAAUAUUAAAGUCUUUCUCCUUCGGUA